AGGCUGCAGCCUAUAGGGCAGCUCUUGUGAUGCUGCGCUGUGUGAGGAAUCAAAGCGCAGGCGUGGAGUCGGGAGGGAGCCUAUCUUGCGCAGACUGGGUAGCUUUACUGUACAUGGCCAUCGAUACCGCUGUGGAUGGAUGCAGCCGCUGGCGUGAAUCAGAAUGGCGAGGGCAGCAGCCGUGACGCGCCGAGUCCUCUCCGCUUGACACCAGGGGCACGCAUCUCUCCAGCACGUCGUCGGCGGGAUUCGCGUUUCUGAAUCAAAAGACGUCUUUUUUUUUUUUUUUUUUUUUUUUUGGAAUCGGGCCGAAUCCUCGCCUUGACAGCUCGCACCGAUGGUUUUCAUUUGACACAAAGCAGACGGGCGGCUUCUCCUAAAAUAAACAGCGAGGAAGGAAGAAAAGCGGGUCAUUAUGACCUUAGUAUCCGCCAGUAAAAGAAAACCACCGGAUUGCUUUUACGCGGCAGCGCUCUGCUUGCAUCUCUUGCUUUGGAUUUCGCGAUCCGUGUCCGGAGAGGAGCAGCAUCAGUUCAGCGUUGAGGGAUGGCUACAGAGGUACGGGUACCUUCCCCACACAGAACCGGGAAUGUCCGUCCUGCGCUCGGCCAAAACCAUGCAGUCCGCCAUUGCUGCCAUGCAGCGCAUCUACGGUCUCAAUGUCACAGGGACGCUGGAUGAGACAACCAAGGAUGAUAUCACUCUAAGGUGGAUGCAAAAGCCGCGCUGCGGAGUCCCGGAUAGGAUUAAAAGCGCCACGAGGUCACGGAGGAGGAGAUACGCCCUGACAGGGCAGAAGUGGCAGCGUACGCACAUCACCUACAGCAUAAAAAAUAUCACACCAAAGGUGGGCGCCCGGGAGACUCAUGAUGCCAUUCGGAGGGCGUUUGAUGUGUGGCAGGGUGUGACUCCCCUGCGCUUCGAGGCCGUUCCGUACAGCGCCCUGGAGACUGGCAGGCGUGACGUGGACAUCACCAUCAUCUUCGCUUCUGGCUUUCACGGUGACAGCUCGCCCUUCGAUGGGGAGGGCGGAUUCCUCGCCCAUGCCUAUUUUCCGGGCCCUGGCAUAGGAGGGGACACGCACUUUGACUCAGACGAGCCUUGGACCCUUGGAAACCCCAACCAUGAUGGCAAUGACCUCUUCUUGGUUGCGGUUCACGAGCUCGGGCACGCCCUCGGCCUGGAGCACUCAAACGACCCCACCGCCAUCAUGGCUCCCUUCUACCAGUACAUGGACACGGAGAACUUCAAACUACCUCAAGAUGACCUGCAGGGCAUCCAGAAAAUCUACGGACCACCGGAUAAAGCGCCGCAGCCCACCAGCCCUCCACCUACGGUUCCACCUCCUCGUUUCCACCUGCCCUCAGACCCCCGGAAACACGACCGCCAUGCCAGACCCCACCGCCCUCCGCAGGGGUCCAAGCCGUCCAACCCCAACUCCAAACCGAACAUCUGCGAUGGAGGCUUCAACACUCUGGCCAUCCUCCGACAGGAGCUUUUUGUCUUCAAGGACCAAUGGUUCUGGAGGGUACGGGACAAUUCAGUGGUCCCUGGCUACCCCAUGCCAAUCAAUCACUUCUGGCAAGGGUUGCCCCCCAAGAUUGAUGCAGUGUAUGAAAACAGCGAAGGAAAGUUUGUCUUUUUCAAAGGAAACCGUUUCUGGGUGUUCAAGGAUCGGCAUCUUCAGCCCUCCUACCCUCAGGACAUCUCUCUGUUCGGGAGCGGCAUGCCCACGCAGAGCAUCGAGACGGCCGUCUGGUGGGAAGAAGCCGCCAAGACCUACUUCUUCAAAGGAGACAGAUACUGGAGGUACAAUGAGGACAUGAGGACGAUGGACCCAGGUUACCCUAAACCCAUCACCAUCUGGAAGGGCAUCCCUGACUCUCCACAGGGGGCUUUUGUGGACAAGGCGAAUGGCUUCACCUACUUCUACAAGGGAAAGGAGUACUGGAAAUUUAACAACCAGCUGCUUCGCGUGGAGCCCGGCUACCCCAGGUCUAUUCUGAGAGACUUCAUGGGCUGCGACGGCCUCCCGGCCGACCCCGACUGGGGCUGGAAUCCACCGGCGGCGGACGAACGGCACUGUGACAACAACGACGUGGAUGUCGUCAUCAAACUGGACAGCGUAGGGGGUACGGAGAAGGCCGUGGCCAUCGCCAUUCCCUGCGUCCUGGCGCUGUGCAUGAUGGUCCUCCUCUACACCGUUUUCCAGUUCAGGAGGAAGAGCACACAGAGGCACAUACUGUACUGCAAGCGCUCCAUGCAGGAAUGGGUCUAAAGGGACUGUUACUGUAUAGAGACUGGUGUGGAGCUCUGAUAAAUGCCUAGUUUGUGGUUAAAGCCCUAGAAACUGAAGGACUGUAAAGAAGUACAGUGCUUGAGGUUUUGCCGUUUGGGCAGAUCUCAGAACAGCUGGAACAUGUAAAACGUGAGCUGCAAGGAAGGGAAACUAUCAGCUGACCUCGGUAGAAGACAGCGGCAGAGCUCCUUUGUCCUACUAAUGUGUAUGUAUCUGCUUUGAUUUUUCUUUGGAUCUCGAAAUGAACUCAGUUAAGUGGGACAGAAAUAAUCUACUGUAAGUGGGAUCUUUGUCCAUCCCCGUCUCUGCACGCCGCUUUAAAAGCCCCCGGCGCUAAACUUCAGAGGACAAAUUAGAUCUAGGCCUCUACUUUACUUAACGCAGUCGCCCUGGGUUGUGCUUUUUUUUUUCUUCCUCUUUUUUUUUUUUGGUCUAGUAUCCCUAUAUAACAUAAUUCACCUUGAGGAGAUACGAAUCCCAUACAUAAACCAAAUAUGACGUUUUCUUCCAAAGAGGAUUACAGCUUGAUGUUGUUUUCGAUCGGAUAUUCUUCCUCCAUGGAGCUAACGUUUUGGAUCACUCUCUGGUUUUCGUUCACCUUUACCGUUCACACCUACUCAUCUCUUCUCUGUAAGGACGAAAAGCCGGAGCAAAAGAAACUCAUGACUGUUGUGGCAGUCUGUCUCCACAACAGGAGCCAAAAUAAUAAAAAAAAAAACAAAACAAAAAAACAAAACCACUCUGCAAUAUUAAUGAGACUGCCUUAAUCACAGAUUGCUUCGAUCCUUUCUCCUUCUGUUCCGCCGGUGUGGAGGAUGGAUACCGAGUGACACAGCAAGCAGACAGAAGAUAUCGCUGAAGUCCUUCCUGCUGCCCAAAAUGCAACAUUAAACCAGUAGUUGAAGACGUUUCGGUUCGCAGAGAUCUUGUAAAUGUCAGCUGCCAAAGAUCAGCUUUCAUUCGCAGCCUCACAAGAAGGAGAAAGGGAAGAUUAUUUUGCGAAUGUGUCUGCUUGUACGUGUGAAAGAAUGAAUAAUCACCCUUAUUAUGUAAGUACUGAGCUCUGCUGUCAUUAAUCAUUUAUCUAUGUUGGUUUGUGUCGUUUGAAUCAGUUUGGCAACUUUUUCUCAAGUGUUUGGGUCAGAAGUAGGCAUGGGCCGGUUACCACUAUCAAAGUUUACCCGGUUUUAAAAUACCUUUUCUUCCAAAACAGCUAAAACUGUCCCUCCCGUCACUUCUACAAUUUAGAGAUCCUUUAAUGAGACGCUUGACAAAGUGCCCGAGUGGUCAGAGAAGUGCAGUCGUACCCUUCCUCAACGUGUUAACUGAAAGAGGUCUUCUAUAAUUUGCCUACUUGCAAACAUUUCUGUUCGCAAAAAAAA